AUGCAUUCGCUUUCAAUUACGCCCAAGUCCGAAGUUGACUCGCGAUGGAGGCCAGCUAUUGCAACAGUCAGUCUGGGAGCUGCGCAUUUACACCCCAUCAUCGCCAAACUUGACGCAGCCGCCAUCAACGGCCAACGAGGACUUGAACUCUUUCAUGAUGAUCUAGCUGAGCUCGCCAAGACUAUUCGAGUUCAAGCGCCUGACAGUGUACCCCGCACUGAUCGAGACUACGAGAUUGACGCAGCGCACGCUAUCCGAGAUCUAUGCGCUGAGCGUGAUCUCCAGGUUGUAGCUCUCCAACCUUUCCGACACUACGAAGGCCUCAUUGAUCAAGAAAGGCAUGCAGAACGCAUUGACGAACUCAGGCAUUGGGUUCAGUUAUGCAAGAUUCUCGGUGACUCGCUCUUCAUCCUGAUCCCUUCAUCUUUCCUCGACGCCUCCGAGAUCACCUCCGACCGAGAGCGUCUCGCAGCAGACCUAGCCGAGGCCGCAGAUGUCGCAUUCCCAGUGCGCGUCGCAUACGAGGCCCUGGCAUGGGGAACGUACAUCAACACCUGGGAAGACUCAUGGGAUUUGGUCAAGCGGGCCAAUCGACCUAAUCUCGGGAUUUGCCUUGACACAUUCAACAUAGCAGCGCGAGUCUGGGCCGAUCCCACCUCCACAACAGGGCGACUGCCCCCAAGCGCAGAUGACGAUCUGCGGGAAUCGAUGGACCGGCUUGUACGGGAGAUCGAUCCGGACCGAGUGAUGAUGGUUCAACUUGCCGACGGCGAGCGGGUCGACCCGCUCGCUCCCUUUCUUCACGCACCAGGCCUGCCUACUCUGCUAGCCUGGUCGCGGAAUGCUCGUCUGUUUCCGUGUGAAGAGGAUAGGGGCGGAUACCUUCCGAUCCGUGAGGUGGCGGAUGCCUGCAUUAACGGUCUCGGUUAUACCGGGUGGGUCAGUAUGGAAGUCUUUUCGAGAUCAACCGGGGAAGAUAACCCGGCCGUUCCGAUGGAGCAUGCUGCCCGGGCUAGUCACUCCUGGCUGCGGGUCCUGGAAUUGUUAGAAGUGAAGUCGGAGAAGAAAUCCAUCUAG